AUAAAAAAUAAAUUUGGGUACCAAAUCUAAUUUGUCAAAAAUUUGUGGGUUUAUUAGUACCGACCAACUGACACGACACUCACGACCCGCCCCGACCCUAAAGGGUCAGACUGGAUCAAGAAGAAAACAGGGGCGGGCGGGUCAGUUAUAUAUUUUAACCCUUCAGAGGCGGGUGGGGAGAGGUUCAGGGACGGGUCAAUACAAUUUUCAGUCCUACAGUGGCUGGGUACCCAAUUUAUUCUUUUCAUAUUUCAUGUGUGCAUGUGUUAGAAAUGUUUGUGUUUGCAAUAAGAAGAUGUCACCUGUUGUUUUUAUAUAUUCGAUAAAGAAAAAAAUGUCAAAUGAUGUAUUUAGUUUUGAAGAAUAAGAAUAUGAAGCGGUCAUCAUACUUAGCUAGGUGAACGUAUAUUAAUCCUCUGAACACUACUGGUACGUUUGGAAUUUUUGAUUGUUAAAUAGAUGUAUUGUUGAGAAUGCAUGUAUAAUAUUAUACAUGUAUUGUCGAAUUUGAUGCAUUGUAGAAUACAACAUUUGGUAUGUGUAAUUGUGUAUGUCGCAUCAGCUAAAAGCUGAGACUAAACAAUCUCAACUCAACUAUCUCAACAAUCACAACUAAAAGUUGAGAUAUAACAAUCACUCAAAAUGAGUGAUAGUUUCUGUCACAUCACAUAAACAAUCCAUGUAUUGUUUCUGCAAAUAAAACAAAAAAACGAUGCAUUUUAAACAAUACAUGCAUAAUGACAAUCUCAACAAAACAAUCGUAACUUCCAAACGACCCCUACAUACACCUCAUGUGUGUAUAGUUGAAUGUUGUAAUCAAACAUGUUUAUUAGAUAUUGACAAAGAUUAAACACCACAUUAGUAUGCAAUUCAUAUUGUGCUACUAAAACUAUUAUAAAAAACUAGAGGGCAGAAAAAUAAGCUAUCAAAGGAUCAUGAGUGAAAUUAUUUAUCAAGUGUGGAUGACAGAACCAAUAAUUAUUUAGAAAAUACCAUGCUAUAUUUGCAUAUAUUCAACUACUCAAUUUAAUGUCAUGUUGUAUAACUGUGAAUCCAACUACUUACUAAAACGUCCUAAACAAUUUUCUAAAGUAUAAGGAGAUUGAGAAGUUAAUAUAAUCAGGGUACUAAUUACAUCAGUCUCAAGUUAAUACAUGAUUAUUCUCAAAUCACUUAAUACGUUCACCUCGAUUCAGCGAUCGAUAAUACAAUCUUUCAGAGCUAAUUGUUUGAUUUUUUUCGAGAACCCGGCUCCAAUUUUCUAGUAUACCAUUAUUAGAUUAACUCAUUAACACGUAUAAUGAAAAAUCUUAAACUUAUUACCAAGUGGUGUACUGCUGAGAAUAAUUAAGAAAGGAAACAUAAAAAUAUAUAUGUGACAAGGGUAGCGGUUUGGCUAUAUAUAUAGCCAGUACGUGGCAGAGAAAGACUUGCAUUGCAUAACCAAAACUUUUGCUAAAGAAACAGAGUACGUAUAUUGAUCUGAAUACCCUUUACCAUUUCUGGUUUGCUCCAAAAGGACCGAGAAAGAGAAGAGAUGGCCGCCGCCGCCGCCGCCGCCGCACCUAAAAACCGGCGAACUAUGGAUUAUGACCCAACUGUGUGGGGUGACUUCUUCCUGACCCACGUCCCCCAAACUGAUGAGGUGGUGAAGGCUUGGGAGGAACAGAUCGAAGUGCUGAAGCCAGAUGUGAAAAGGAGGUUAUCAGCUCCCAUAGACCAUUUAGCAGAAAGGCUGAAUCUCAUCGAUGUAGUCGAGCGACUAGGCCUUGACUAUCAUUUCGAGGAAGAAAUCGACCAUAUCAUGCGACAGGUUCAUCAAAACAACCAUGGUUGCAACAAUAUUGAUGAGGACGACGAACUCAACACCGUCGCACUUCGUUUUAGACUGUUGAGGCAACACGGCUACAAAGCCCCAAGUGAUGUGUUCAACAAGUUCAAGACGGAAGGAGGGGUGUUCAAGGAAGAUCUAGUGAAUGACUUCGAAGGGAUGUUGAACUUGUAUGAAGCUGGAUACCUGAGGAUCAAAGGAGAGGGUGUAUUGGACGAAGCUAUUGAGUUCACAAGGUCACAUCUUACAGCAAAAGCUGCCGAGUUGGAGUCCCCUCUCGCAGACCGAGUCACCCGUGCUCUGAAAAGGCCCCUUCGCAAGGUCAUGGCUAAGUGCGAGCACCUGUUUUUCAUCUCGUUUUACGAGAAGCUCGUGAGCCACGAUCCAACCCUCCUCAAACUGGCCAAGUUGAGCUUCAACGUGCUGCAGAAUCUGUACCAGACAGAGCUGCGAACUCUCACCAAGUGGUGGCUGGAGUUGGAUACUCCUGCAAACCUGCCCUAUGCGAGAGACAAGUUGGUGGAGAGCUAUUUAUGGGCUUUAGGAGGACUGUGGGAGCCCAAGUAUUCCGUAGCCAGACAGUUGGUUACCAAAGUUACUCAAUUCGGUACCCUAAUGGACGACACAUUCGAUAACCAGGGUUGCAUCGAGGAACUCGAGCUCUUCACUGCUGCCAUGGCUGGGUGGGAUAGUAGCAUGGAAGGUCUGAAACCCUACAUGAUGGUCCUUUUCGAGGGGAUCGCAGAGAUUUAUGCUGAAAUCGUGUCACACACUACCAAGGAAAGAGGGGUUUGGUAUUUGGACUACGGGAAACGGGAGGUUGGUAAUGCGGUAAGGUUGUACUUGGAAGAAGAAAAACGGACCGACAAAGACUACGUGGCGACUGUGGAGGAAUAUCGACAGGUUUCGUCCUUGACCACUUGUUACGAAUGGAUAACUUAUUCUGCGUUCUGUGGAUUCGGCGACGACUUGGUUUCGAAGGACGCCUUCGAAUGGCUGCUCUCCGAACCAACGAUGUUGAUUGCCGCAACCGACCAGUGUCGCCUCCAGGAUGACAUUGCCGACCACUUGGUGCACGACUCCGUCGGCGACCCUUCCGACCACGACUUAUCGAUGUCGCUGCUGAAAGGGGAUGAGAAAGAACAGAAGGCUACCCUGCUCGAAUGUUACAUGAAGCAGUACGACGUGUCGCAACAAGAGGCAGCAAAGGCCGUGGCUGAUUUCAUAGAAGAGGACUGGAUGAUUAUGAACGAGGAGAUGUUGAACCCACCGCCGAAUGUGCCCGUGCAGAUUCUUACAGUGCUUCUCCGUUUCGCCAAGAACAUGGAUACGCUCUACAAGGACUAUGAUGGCUACACGCACUCUGGCACCAACACCAAGGAUAUGAUCACGGCUCUUAUUGUUACUCCCAGACAUUUAGGUGAAAUUUAACGUCAACUUUCGAUCGUAUAGCCUAAAAUAAUGAAAACACGAUUAGUAUCGUGGAUUAGGGUUUAGUUUUACUCCGACGAUCGGUCCCACGUCGUUCUACUUUGCAUCUUUUUUUCCCCUAUGCUCCCUCUCUCUUGAUCAUGAAGUUUUUUUGUGUCUGUGAGUGUGCCUUUGGACUUUCAUUUGCUUUGUUGUAUCAGCGUGUUCAUUUCAUAGCCUCUUUAAAGAUGUCUUUUACGAUAUGGUUUGUAUAUUUUGUAAUAUUUUUACUUAUGUAAUCUGGUUUGUAUACUCUGUGUUGUUGGACGUAUACUUUAAUUGUCUGGAUUAUAUACUUUGGUUUGUGCGCUUUUAUUAUCUGAUUUGUAUAGUUUGUUUAAUUAGUUUGUAUAUUUUCAUGAUAUGUUUUUUUAUAUUUUAUAAUAUUAAUUUUUAUAUUUGUCAUGAUAUGAUUUGUAUACUUUUGUAUUCUUAUUUGUAUACAACCUAUUAUUGAUUUGCACACUUUUAUUCUAUAGUUUCUAUAAAUUGUAUUUACAUGU